CUGCUUAUCAGUUUAGAUGUUGUGACGAAUAGCGCAGCGUUUCGAUGGUACUCAUGGAAGCGGUCGUAUUCCUCAGAGGCAGUGCGUUUGAGGUUCGCUCCUAGUCCUACGGGAUUUCUACAUUUUGGUGGAUUGAGAACUGCCAUGUACAACUACCUGUUCGCAAAGAAAUUGCAUGGCAAAUUUGUUCUGCGUAUUGAAGAUACGGAUAGAAAGCGUCUCAUUCCGGGUGCAGUUGAAAAUUUUCAAAACAUACUAGAUUGGUUAUGUUUGACUCCUGAUGAAGGACCGUUCAUCGGAGGUUGCUACGGUCCUUAUGUGCAGUCCGAGAGACUUAAACUCUAUCACACGGCGGCACUUGAGUUGAUUGAACGCAAGAACGCAUACCGAUGUUUCUGCUCUCCGGAUCGUUUGAUGUUAAUGCGAAAAGAGGCAUUACGUUUGAGGCAGGCACCAAAAUAUGACCGUAAUUGCUGUUACCUACCGGAAGCGGUAGUGCAAGAAAAUCUUGAAAAAAAAGUCCCGUUUGUUGUGCGCCUCAAACUUCAGCCGAGUCUGGUGACAUUUAGUGACAUGGUGUUUGGAGUUUGCAGUAUGAAUCCUUAUGAAAGUGAAGGCGACCCAGUGUUGCUCAAAUCCGAUGGAUAUCCGACGUAUCACUUUGCAAACGUAGUCGAUGAUCAUGCCAUGUGCAUUUCUCAUGUUCUUCGCGGUGAGGAAUGGCUUGCCUCUACAACCAAGCAUUUGUUGCUAUACGAAGCAUUUGGAUGGAAGCCACCACGUUUUGCCCAUCUUCCGCUGAUGAAAGCAUUGUCCGGUGGUAAACUUUCUAAGCGAGAUAGCUCGGCCCGCGUCGAUCAGUAUCAAAAUAGAGGUUAUUUUCCCCUGGCGAUACUGAAUUUUGUAUGUUUCGCUGGCGGAGGAUUUUUGGAUGCACGAAAGCAAGGCUGCGCCUAUACCAUGAAAGAGCUUAUCGAUAUGUUUGACAUAAAGCUGAUUAGCAGACAUCCGACAAAAUUGGAUUUCACUUGGCUUGAUCAUUAUAAUCGUGAUAUAAUACGCCAGACAAAUUCAGAAGAUCUCAUACCCCAUUUGCGACAAACAGUGAAAGAAAGGUAUAAAGACCAUAAGCUCUUCAACGCAGAAGCUCUCGACGAUCAGUAUCUGAAAGCGAUACUGCGGCAUGUCAAAGACAGGCUUUCUAACUUUUCAGAACUUCUCAGCGACGAGUACGAGUUUUUGUGGAUAACGCCGGAACCAGAAUCGUACAUCAACAUUGGAAUGCCUGGAAAUGAAGCUCAAAAAAUUUUAAAUGCCGUUUGUGACGCCCUUCUUUUUGGAAACGACAGCUCAUUUACAAAGGAUAACGUAUCGCAUCGUAUGGAAAACGUGAUAAAGUCAUUUAACUUGAAGAAAUCUGAAUUUUUGAAAUUCAUGCGGUUGGUUAUCACCGGCAGAAACAGAGGUCUUCCAGUUUAUGAAAUUUUUGAGAUUUUUGGAAGAGAAAAUUCGAUUAAUCGACUCCGUAAAGCAACAGUGAUUUUUAGUUGCGAUUCGUGA